CUCUGUUGUGUGCGCAGGCGUGUGAAAGUCGCAGGUCAACUUCUUCAGACAGCAACACAACAGCACAGGGAGGACUCACGCCAUUAUCUCCACUGCACACACACACACUCACCGUACACACCUGUUCUCAGUCUGAGGCACAGCCAUGAAUCCCGAUAUCACGAAAGAGCGGAGCAACGCCACCUUUGACGUGGAGAAACUGACCCACAUUGUGGACGGCACCCCAGAGAAGACGAGAAGAAGAAGGGAGAUCGAGUCACUGGUUGUGAGUGACCCAGACUUUAAGGAGGAGGACCCGAACUUCUUGUCGCGCAGUGAGCGCUAUGACCAGGCUGUUCGAAAAAGUGCCCAAAUGAUCCUGAAGCUCAGAGAGUAUGGCAUCGCAGACCCAGAGGAGAUCUACUGCUACAAAAACUGUGUGCACCCUAGCAGGCCUGAGCCCUUGGAUCUCCAUUUGGGAAUGUUCCUGCCCACACUGCUCAACCAGGCCACCCCAGAGCAAAUGGACCGUUUCUUCAUGCCCGCCUGGAACCUAGAGAUCAUCGGCACCUACGCUCAGACUGAGAUGGGCCACGGCACACACCUGAGAGGGCUGGAGACCACAGCCACAUAUGAUCCAGCCACACAGGAGUUUGUCAUGAACAGUCCCACAAUCAGCUCCAUCAAAUGGUGGCCCGGAGGACUUGGAAAGACCUCAAAUCAUGCCAUAGUCCUCGCCCAGCUCCAUACUCAAGGAAAAGGCCGUGGUCUGCAUGCUUUCAUCGUACCCAUCCGCGACAUGAGCACUCAUGUACCCCUGCCAGGUAUUGUGGUUGGAGAUAUCGGCCCCAAGUUUGGCUUCAGUGAAGUCGACAACGGCUACUUAAAACUAGAGAAUGUACGGAUCCCACGGGAGAACAUGCUGAUGAAAUAUGCCAAGGUGGAGCCAGAUGGAACCUAUCUGAAACCACCCAGUGCCAAACUGACCUACGGCACCAUGGUGUUCAUCCGCUCCAUGAUUGUAAGCUUGUCAGCUAAGACCCUCGCCAAGUCCUGCACGAUCGCCAUCCGCUACAGUGUUGUUCGCCACCAGUCGGAAAUCCGAGCAGGAGAGCCAGAGCCGCAGAUCCUCGACUUCCAGACGCAGCAGUACAAGCUAUUCCCUCUGCUGGCGAUGGCCUAUGCCUUCACCUUUGUGGGCCAGUACAUGAAUGCGACCUAUCAGCGCAUCAGUGGAGACAUCAGCCAAGGAGACUUCAGUGAGCUGCCUGAGCUCCAUGCUCUGUCUGCUGGUCUGAAGGCCUUCACCACAUGGGCGACCAACUCUGCUAUUGAGGUGUGCCGCAUGUCAUGUGGCGGCCAUGGCUACUCUCGCAGCAGUGCCUUGCCCGACAUUUAUGUCGAUUUUACUCCCACCUGCACCUACGAGGGUGAGAACACCGUCAUGAUGCUGCAGACUGCAAGAUACCUGUUGAAGAGUUACCGGCAGGCUAAGGACGGCCAGCAGCUGAGCGGCAUCGUGUCGUACCUGAAUGAGGCGGAUCAUCGGAGGGUGCAGCCCCAGCCCGUCGCUGCCAGACCAACCGUGGUUGACAUCAAUGACCUGUCUAGUCUGGUGGAGGUCUACAAAUUAAGAGCUGCCAUUCUUGUGGAGCUGGCAGCCAAGAGCAUCCAGCAGGAGUUGCAGAACAGGAAGUGCCAGGAGGACGCCUGGAACAACAGUUCCAUCGACCUGGUCAGAGCCUCAGAUGCCCACUGUCACUAUGUUGUGGUGAAGCUCUUCACUGACAAGCUUGGGGAGAUCGGUGACACAGCGAUACACUCAGUGUUGUCGACCCUGGCUCUGCUCUACGCCCUGAAUGGCAUCAAGCUCAACUCCGGAGAUUUCCUACAGGCGGGUCUGCUCAGUGGGCCCCAGGUGCUGCAGAUCUCUGGUCGUAUCAAGGAGCUUCUGUCUCAGCUGAGGCCCAACGCCGUGGUGCUCGUAGAUGCCUUUGACUUCAACGACAAGCUUCUCAAUUCGGUCCUGGGACGAUAUGAUGGAAAUGUCUAUGAGAACCUGUUUGAAUGGGCUAAACGCUCACCCCUGAACGCCACAGAGGUGCAUGAAUCCUUCCACAAGUAUCUCAAGCCGCUGCGGGCCCAGCUGUGAGCUGAUCCUUGCACCUUUAAUCCUGGCUCUGACACUUCACCUCUACAUACACAAGGAAAACCAUAUGAGUGAUAACCCAUCACAUCAGCCCCAUGAUGUUCUUCACUCAUCGUCAGAUUGUCUUUCUACUCUGAAGGAAACUAGCCGUGUCUAGAGUUCUCUCUCAUCCUCACUAAAGGCCACUGUACUGAAAAGGUUAUAAAUCAGAAGGUGGACGACCUUUAACAAUCUGAAGAUGAUUGGAAACAAAAGGGGGACAGGAAACAAAACCGGGAAUCAAACUUUUACCUAAUGAAGUCAACAUUUUGAGUCAGAAAACGUAGCUUUGAAAAAUAAUAAAAAAUCCCAUUUUGAGUUACGUUUUCUCUAGAGAAAUUCCAUUCCAACAGCAGAAUCAGUUUUGAGUGUUUCCCCUGACAACACGGACCAACAUUUUAUCUGAAAAAAAAAAAGGCACCACUUGUUUAAGAGGCAUUCAUUUGUCAAUGAAAUUUAUCAAUUGCUGUAGGCAUUUUGUAAACUUUUCUUCUUCUCAUGUCUGGCAACCCCCUGACCAUCCUGUGCCAGUUCAUUAUGUAGUAUUAUGAUCGAUGAUAUAUUAUAUGAUAAUAACGUUUUUACGUUUACUUAACAUAAAAUCUCUUAAACUUAAGAAUUGUUAUCCUUACAUUCAGUAUCAGAUCCCAGUGAGCUACUGUUGUGUUUGUUUCACAUUUGGUAUUUUCCUCCUAAGAUAACAAUGGCUCACACUGUUCAUUGGGAAAAACACAAUUGUUUUUACAAGACGGAAAAAUACCUAAAUUAUGCCAGUUACUCUGUUUCACUCACGAGGACAAAACAAUCCUUCUUUUUCCUCAGUUCCACCACUUGUCACGUGAGCUGCUGUAUGUUAAAUAACCGCGUCGUACUUGAAAGAUGGACAACACAGAAACUAGUGUGUAUGUUUGAGUCUCCACGUGCUUCUGAAUGUGUUUGUGGGACAGAAAGGCUUUUGGCAGAUAAAUGCUGCAAGGUGAAGUGUAUCAAGUGUGAGAACAGAAAUACAUUUCUGACAGUUGUUGAGUGGUCAAUGAGGCCACAUAUCUUUUAAUGUGCAUUACAUCCCCACCAAUAUCUGGAUGAUUUUUGAAAUAUUUUUAACUUAAAAUAAUUCUACUGUUAACAUGCUAUGUUGUUCAAAUCUUGAGGUUGAAUUCUUCAUGUUCAGAUAUGAUUGAAAUCUGUUCAAACUGAAUGACUUUUCUAGAUGCUUUCAAUGCUUCCCCAUAUUUUUGCUAUUACAGUUUUAGAAUUGGUGGAUUUGUGUUCUUGGUUCAUGUCCAACUUGCAGAAGUUUAUUUUGCUCUGUGAGCAAUCAAAUCUAAAUCUUAGAAACUGAGGCUGUUGAAUGUACAGAGCAGUUUGUGACUGUAGAGACACGUGUGAGACAGGGGAGCUUUAAUCUAAAGCCUUAUUGUGGAGUACAUAUAUGAUUUGUGGUGUAACAUAAUGUGCCUGAUGAAUUUAUCUUACCUUAAUCUAACUAACUGAGAAAAGUUCAAAGCAUUUCAUUUCUGUUUCCAUGCAGAUCAGUUGAUUCUGUUGUAAGGGCACAAUUAUCAAUAUGUAAUGACUUAGCUGUUUGUGUGAUAAUUUGUUGAAUAACAAUGACUUUAAACUUUACGGUUGGUGAAUAAUUUAACCUGCAAGUUAUAUUAAUAAAAAAAUCUUAAAAAAUCA